GGAAAAUCCAGAACGUACCUUUGAUUUGGUACUGAAAGUAAAAUGCCAAGCAUCUGAAAAUGAAGAUCCAGUGGUACUGUGGAAGUUCCCGGAGGACUUUGGAGACCAGGAAGUACUGAACAGCGUUCCAAAGUUCUGCUUUCCUUUUGACGUUGAAAGGGUGUCCCAAAACCAAGUAGGACAGCAUUUUACCUUCGUGCUCACCGACAUUGAAAGUAAGCAAAGGUUUGGAUUUUGCCGUUUGACGUCAGGAGGCAAAGUCUGCCUCUGUAUUCUAAGUUACCUACCAUGGUUUGAGGUAUACUACAAGCUCCUAAAUACUCUGGCAGAUUAUUUGGCUAAAGAACAGGAAAAUGACUCAAAUGAUUUGUUAAAAUCAUUGUAUAACCAUCCUGUGCCAAAGGCGAAUGCUUUAGUCAGUUUAAGUGUGAACCAAGGAAUGAUUUUUGCAAGUGAGCAAGUUUUGAAAAAACAGCCUUGUCUUGUAUCGCACUCGUAUUUCAUUACUCCUGAUAUAACUGGAUUGCCAACAAUCCCGGAAAGU